AUGGAGGCAAAGUGUGUUGACUUGCGAGGGACUCCAUUACCCAGUAGUCCUCCAUCACCCAGUAAACCUCCUUCACCCAGCAGUCCUCCUUCACCCAGCAGUCCUCCUUCACCCAGCAGUCCUCCUUCACCCAGCAGACCGAAGCCCUCCUCUCCCAAGCGCACCCAUGCCAAGUAG